AUGAAUGAAACCGUCAUUCAGACUAGUUUUCCCAAUCCUUCGCUGCAGGUUACUGCUGACCAUAACCUGAAGCAAGUGGAAGCUCCCGUCUAUGCCCCAAAGAAGGGAGAGGUGCUGCUCCAGGUGAAAGCUACGGGGAUCUGUGGGUCGGACAUCCACUUCUGGAAAGCCGGUCGAAUCGGUUCCCUCCUCGUUGAAGGCGAUUGUAUUCUGGGCCACGAGGCUGCUGGCGUUGUUUUACAGGUCGGUGACGGCGUCACCACCUUGAAGCCAGGUGACCGCGUGGCCAUCGAACCCGGUGUGCCCUGCGCCAACUGCUUCUUAUGUCGCGACGGCCGGUACAAUCUCUGCGAAGAGGUGCAAUUCGCGGGGGUUUACCCUUACCACGGCUCGCUACAGCGAUACAAAGUCCACCCGGCUCGAUGGCUCCAUAAGCUGCCAGACAACGUUUCCUACCUGGAGGGGGCGCUGCUUGAACCCCUCUCCGUCGCCAUGUAUGGUGUCCGCAGUGCUGGGCUAAGCCUCGGGCGUGGAGCAGUUGUCUGCGGCGCUGGUCCCAUUGGUCUGUUGACCCUGGCUGCUGCUCGUGCGUCCGGUGCGCACCCGCUUGUCAUCACUGACCUUGACGCCCAUCGCUUGGACUUCGCCAGGGAGUUCGUUCCGGGGGCAAUGGUUUAUCAGAUCAAUCGGGACCUCAGCGCUGAAGGAAACGCCAAGGCAAUCCGGGCAUUGUUCGGAGACGACGAGUAUUUCCCCCCCGCGACUGUUCUGGAGUGUACCGGUGUGGAGAAUAGCAUCUGCACCGCUGCUUAUACAGUGCGGCGCGGCGGCACCGUCAUGGUUAUCGGGGUAGGGAGGCCGAUUAUGAAUAAUCUGCCAUUCAUGCACAUCUCUUUGGCGGAGAUUCGGCUGCAGUUCAUUAACCGCUACUGUGACACGUGGGCUCCAGCUAUUCAGUGCUUGGCGGGCGGGAUUUUGAGGGAUUUGAAGAAGUUGGUGUCUCAUACGUUUCCCUUGGAAAGGGCCAGAGAUGCCCUGCAGUUCUGUUCCGAUACCAGGAAUGGCGGUAUCAAGGUUAUGGUGGUGGACGAGGUGGAUGCCGCUUUGUGA